GUGCUCGCCGACGCGCGCGAGGCUUCUUAGGCAAGAGCGGCGCGGGGUUCCCGCCAGUAGCGCGAGGCGGAGACCCCAGUUGCAUCCGGGCCCCCUGUCACCAUCGACAACACAACAGGGCUCGCUGAUCCUGAGUAGGACCCACCAGGACCUACAGACGCCUUUACAGGAGAGCCACAGAGGAGCCACAGAGAGCCACAGAGAGCCACAGGGAGCCACAGAGAGCCACAGGGGAGCCAUGCCCCCCACGGGAGAAGCACGGGAGGCGGCCCGAACGCGGGUUCAAGGUCUUGUGGAGCGAGUCCCAGUGGUCUUGUUCAGCAAGAGCUUCUGUCCGUUCUGCGAAAAGGUGAAGGGGCUCUUCACAGAACUGAAGGUCUCUUACGAAGCCCUGGAGCUGGACCUCAUAGACGAUGGGCCUCUCAUCCAGGAGGUUUUGCUGGAGAUGACGGGACAGAAAACAGUGCCCAACGUGUUUGUCAACAAGACUCACGUGGGAGGCUGUGACAAGACGAUGCAGGCGUAUCAGAGCGGGCGACUCCAGCAACUGCUGGCGGUCUCCACGGCCCCCUCACCCGCACCACCGGUGGAGGACACGGACUCAGUGCACCACUCCUACGAAUACGACCUCAUUGUCAUCGGGGGGGGCUCCGGGGGGCUCGCUGCCUCCAAGGAGGCGGCCAAGCUCGGCAAGAAGGUGAUGGUGCUGGACUUUGUGCAGCCGACCCCGCUGGGCACAUCAUGGGGCCUGGGUGGCACGUGUGUGAACGUGGGCUGCAUCCCGAAGAAGCUGAUGCACCAGGCGGCUUUGCUAGGCCACGCGCUCUCCGACUCGCGCAAGUUUGGCUGGGAGUACGACCUGCAAGUGACUCACAACUGGAACACCAUGAAGGAAGCCAUCCAGAACUACAUUGGCUCGCUCAACUGGGGCUACCGCGUGGCACUGCGCGACCAUACCGUGAGCUACGUCAACGCAUUCGGAACCUUCACCGACGCCCACACUAUCAAGGCCACCAACAAGCGCGGCAAGGAAACCCAGCACACAGCCGAGACAUUCAUCCUCGCCAUGGGGGAACGACCGCGGUACCUGGGCAUCCCAGGAGACAAGGAGUUUUGCAUCACCAGCGACGACGUCUUCUCGCUACCGUACUGCCCUGGCAAGACACUGGUGGUGGGCGCCAGCUACGUGGCGCUGGAGUGCGCCGGCUUCUUGGCGGGGCUGGGGCUGGACGUGACUGUGAUGGUGCGCUCCAUCCUGCUGCGAGGAUUUGAUCAGCAGAUGGCCGAAUUGGCCGGAGACUACAUGGAGAAACACGGGGUCAAGUUCAUCCGCCAGUUCGUGCCCACCAAGGUUGAGCAACUUGAGGCCGGCACCCCCGGCCGCCUCAAGGUCCAUGCGAAGGCCACGGAGGGCUCGGAGCUGUACGAGGGCGAGUUCAACACGGUGCUGAUCGCCGUGGGGAGAGACGCCUGCACGUCCAACAUCGGGCUGGACGUGGUUGGGGUGAAGGUGGAUGAGAGGACGGGCAAGGUGCCGGUGAACGACGUGGAGCAGACGAACGUGCCGCACGUUUACGCAAUCGGCGACAUCCUGCAGGGCAAGCUGGAGCUCACGCCCAUCGCCAUCCAGGCUGGCCGGCUGCUGGCCCACCGGCUCUACGGGGGCGGCACCACCAAGUGUGACUAUGUGAACGUGUGCACCACCGUGUUCACACCCCUCGAGUACGGCUGCUGCGGCCUCUCAGAGGAGAGGGCCUUCGAAUUGCUGGGAGAAGACAACAUCGAGGUCUUCCACAGCAACUUCUGGCCGCUGGAGUGGACUGUGGCCGGUGGUGAUAACAACAGCUGCUACGCCAAGAUCCUCUGUAACAAGGCUGACAAGGACCGGGUGGUGGGGUUCCACGUGCUUGGCCCCAACGCCGGUGAGAUAACCCAGGGCUACGGUGUUGCCAUGAAGUGCGGCCUCACAAAGGCCCAGCUGGACGACACCAUCGGCAUCCACCCGACCUGCGCCGAGAUCUUCACCAUGCUCGCGGUGACCAAGCGCUCAGGGGCCGACAUUAAGCAGACCGGCUGCUGAGGUUAAGCCCGGCUGUCGUUACCGCUGCCCGGGCCCCUGCUCCACCACCGCAAGGCCACGCCGAAAGAAAUCCGCGGAAGCACGAGAGCUCGUUAAGUAAUUUACGAGCUCUGCAAGCGUUGCCGUGUGUCUGUGCAUAGUCACAACCUCGGCGGCGCUUCCUUUCGUGAAAUAUUAGCUUCCGUAGAUUUCUAUUCGUCGUGCAAGCCACAUUGUGGCCUCGAUGCUUUGCGAUCCGAUCCGAUUCCAUCUCCCGGCACUGUAGUGAAACGCACCACUGCUCUGUAAAACACUGCUGCAAAUAAGUGUAUUUAGUUUAACCAGGUGAGAACUCAAGAGACCAGGAUAGGAAUCUUAUUCGCAACCAAAGUAGUGAAAGCGAUAGCGUAAAAUGGAGUACAACGACGAAGGAUAUGGAUAUCGGGGCAAAGUCAAUGACGGGUUCCACAGAAAUGUAUGGGAGGAAGGAGAUCAUGAGGGUUGGGAUUAGAGUUGAGGUUAAGGAUAGAGUUGGGGAUAGUGUCGAGUGUAAGAUUAGAGUUGGGGUACAGGAUAGAGUUAGGGAUAGUGUUGUGUAAGUUUAUAGUUGGGGUACAGGAUAGAGUUGGGGAUAGUGUGUUGUGUAAGUUUAGAGUUGGGGUACAGGAUAGAGUUAGGGAUAGUGUUGUGUAAGUUUAUAGUUGGGGUACAGGAUAGAGUUAGGGGGAUAGUGUUGUGUAAGUUUAUAGUUGGGGUACAGGAUAGAGUUGGGGAUAGUGUGUUGUGUAAGUUUAGAGUUGGGGUACAGGAUAGAGUUGGGAUAGUUUGCGCCUAUUGGCAGCGGCCGUAUUUCUCAGAGCAGUGGGUGUUUUGCAACACAGCUCCCCGUUCCCUCUCUCUGCGUGAUAAGCACCCCCAAGUUGGAUGGUGCCACGUGGUAAGAGGGGAGGAGAUAGGGAGAAGGAUUGGGGAGGUAAUGGAGCAGAGGAGCCCGGGCAGCGGGCGACAGCUGGGUCACCUUGACCUCUCACCCCUGACCUGCAACCUUGAGGGGCGUCGAAAAUGCCCUCCAUGACGCUUUGGCCGUUUAACCUCUGACCUGAGGCCGGCCAGUGCAGAUGAAACUUAGGGAAGCGGGUCCAUCCCACAACCCCCCCCACACCCCCUCCAUGUCAGAAGGGUUGUCCUAUAUUUAUUUUGGUGGUGUGAUGAUGUGGCAUCACCGCAAGUUAACGCCCCCUCUGGCAGGCAGUGCGACCCUCGGCUGCCUCGUGCGUGUUUGCGCGCCCGUGUCUUUUGUGUGCAGUGGGUGUCGCACUGCGCUACGAACCCGGCCACUCAAGUUCGAUUCGCACUCGCAGCCAAUAUCAGUGACGAUUAUUUGAGCCGGUCCUGCGCCUCAUCUCGGUCGACUGCUUUAAAUGAAAGACCUGGUUGCGGUGUGUAAAUAUCACCACCGGGGAGACGAAAGUGCCGAGCGUGGUUCUGGCCACAGCAGCACCCCCUGCGUGUCGCGUUGACCUUCAUGGUUGCUACUCGCUAACUUUCCCCAGCCAGCCUGUGUGGGCUAAAUGGCGGAGGGUGGUGCGGUGGUGAGCGGGAUUUGUGUGAUGAGCAAUGAAUGUGAUGAACACGGGGGGCGGGCUCUGUCCCACCUCCCUGUGUCUGUCCCGUGUCGCUGGAGUCGCCACAAUGCCACAUCAGCCGUCCGAUCUCAUAUCAGUGACUCCGUGUCCCUCUUGUGCCACGUGUCUGCUGUCCCAGGUUCCCCUCUGUUUUCUGUCUCUGCUCUCGUGAAUCUCUGUCUCCAUGUCUCCGUCUCCUCGCUAUGCUCCCCUGUCUUUCGGUUUCCCAUAUUUUUGCUCCCCGUGUCUCUGUGCAGUGUCUACUCCCCACGUGUGUCUAGCUGCCGUCUCCAUCUCCUGUCUGUACUCCCUCAACUCCUCCAUCUCGCCUCCCUUCGCCCACCCCUCAAAUGACUGUGACCUCACCCAUCACUAUUUCUGGUUCACAAAUACACGGCCAGUGAAGUGAGCUGUGUCUUUUUCUCUACGGACCAACCUGGGUGAGACGUGCUUUUAUUUAGCCGAACCAUGAAGGAGCCUGUGGAUGCGAGUGGCGGUGCUGUGUGACGUGUGUGACGUGUGUGACGUGCGCACGUGUGGCACCGCAUCGAAAAAUAUCGCAGCAGACAAUCGGAGUCGAGUACCGGUUUUGGCUGUUCGUGGUGCACGAUGGGUGGGCGAGUGAUGGAUUUCUGCGUGACGUGAGCAUGCGAGUGAACGAGAGAGCGGAUUGCUUGAUGUUGGGGAUUGGUAUGGGGAUUGGUAUAGGGUUUGGGCAGAGCAUCAUUUCAUCCAGGUCUUUCUGGCACACCACGUCCAGUACACCGCUCGCUAUGGCUGUGGAUACUACUAGUUGGUGAGAAAUGAAUCCCUGUGGGAAUAGGGUCGGGUCCAUCACAGGAUUGCGAGAUGGCGGUGGCUUUGGGAGGCAUCCAUCCAGCAAUUGGGAGUGUGACCAUGGCUCAUGAUGAUGAUGAUGGAUUUAUUGUAUCGGUGUUUCUCGCGUUGAACCGCUGUCUGUACCCGACGUGAACAGAGACAAAAUAAAGAGCGAGUGAAAAAGGA